GUGUCACACACGAAUAGUUGUAUAGUACUAGUAUUAGCUAGCUACCCGUCGAUACCCGCCCAUACCCAUGCUCCACGAUUCUUUCCACUAACCUCUGUGGGACGAGCGUUUGAUCUGCACCUCUUAGAUUUCGUGAUCUGACAGCUGGCUAAACUCGAUUCGUGCUUACUUCUAGAGAACCCUGCAAGGCUCGGCACUUGCACUGAGAUAAGUAGUGCUUAUUGUCCAUAAGGCUCCCUUGGAGUAUAUUCUCGACCUCCACGAUGGAGCAGUCUCGUUCGCAACCUGCGACACAAUUCCAGGCUCGUGCAGCACAGCUUCUCAAGAAACUGAACUGGCGUCCGCGCUUGGGGGGCAGGCACUCAAAAGAUAACAUGUCUAUCAUUUCCACUGGCACAAACAACGGCCGCUCAAACAUAGUCUCUCCUGACGUUCCCUGCAAGCCAGACAUGUCCAGCCCUCUUGCAGGCUUUCGCCUAGAUGAAGCUUCUAAUCCGACGGACACGGAUGAUUCGUCGUCUAGCAAUAGCCCCUCCCGCCAAUCAAGGCGCUAUUCUGCUUGGGAGGCUCUCACGCAGUCUUCUGUAAGCCCGGUAUUUGCAGCACAUGGUCCAGCCGCGUUAUUUUUACGAGAGACAACUGCCUCACAGCAGAACACCUCAGUUCAGCCUAGCUGUGAUAAGGUAAACGUCCUUGCUCCAGCACCGUUGUUUUUAUGGACAGGCGCCUCAACCGACUGCCUCACACGUGCAGCAAAUGACGGCUUACUACACUCCACGGCUCCGAACAACAUGCCGGAUGUCGCAGUCCUGCAAGACACAUCUCUUGUACCAGACGAGACCACACAGUUGGACAGAUCACAAACGCCACGACAAAUGGAGGGACUCGAUCCUUCUAACGAACCAAUCACGACUAUAGACACGCCCAACUUACUCUUAGAACCAGAAUCCGCGCAAACAGCUCUUUCAGUUUCACUUACUGUACCACCCAUACCCUCAUCCAGCAUUCAGGGUCGCCGCUCGCCCGAGACGCGGCUGACGACGACCUUGCCACCACCAUUUCGCGUUGCCACUGAGCGUGGUCUCCGUCUUUCCCCUUCCAUUAUUUCAAGGCAUCAGACCGCUGUGCGGCCAGUUGUGCGUCUCCAGCAUGUGCCAUCAUUAACUGUUAACGGACGGCCCGAUGUGGAUCAAGAGCCAGACUCUGCUGUCGAAUAUGAGGACGAUGACGAUGGGGAUGAUGACAACGACAACGACAACGACAACGAUGACGAUGGAGAUGGAGAUGGAGAUGAGGGUUUGAAAAAUGAAAACUGGGAGCACCAGAGUGACGAGGACGGUGAUAGGGAGGAAAUGCGGAGUUCAAGUACAGGUCGUUCUCUAUCUCAUUCUCCACUGCGAGAGUUCCAGACACGAGUCAUCGAUUUGGCUCCUACCCCAGACGCUGGUCCUUCUUCUCGACCCUUUGCCUCGUCAUCUUCAGCAGGGGAGGCUACUCCCACUCUCUACAAUGCCGUCGAUUUCUUCUCGUCCAAGACAUAUGGGAAGCUCGUCGACUCGACUCCGAGCCAGGACGCCUCUACACCUAAGCCCUUCUCCCCAAAAACACCUCUCGCAGAGUCUAUCAAUGUUAGGCGGAGAAUAACACCUAUACCCUCACUCGAGCAUCAUCGCGCACAGCCUUCCCUGAAUGUCAGCCGCGCACCCAGUCUAUACCGCGCGCCAUCACACAGCAUGAUUGACCUGAGUGUGUCGCGGAGAGACUUGCGACUAAAACGCAAAAAGUCGUGCGACACGGUGCGGUCGAAUGUACCCUCCGUUUCAGGAAACACUGUCGAAACCACCGAGAGCGAUCACACGGACAAGAUAAUUGGAAAGCUUUUGCGACGCACCUCUAUGCCUACUUUCACCUCCACGUCGGACCCACCUCCAUACCCUUCAUUUGACCCGCGCCCGCCGAGGAGUGCACCUGUGAUCCAGUCCCGUGAGGACGAAGGUCGUGAACGCUUACCGCCAUAUAGCAAUUCGCUAUAUCUCACUGCUAUUAUGCCUUGCAAGAUGGAGUUCAGCUCGCCCGGUAUUCAGGCGAAGGACAGGAAAUGGAGGCGUGUGUUUUGUGAGCUUGAAGGGACAACGCUCCGCGUGUACAAGUGUCCUCCCGGCGCAAGCGGCGCGGGCAUCAUUGGCGAGUGGUGGGAGAGACGUGUCGGCGUGGGUGACCUAACUAGUGGAUAUCAUGCGCUAGUGCGGAAACCGGAUGAGGGCCCUGCGCCCUCUUCGAAAAUCGACCAAUCGGUCGCCUCGUCAAGUUCACCACCUCUUACGCCACACAGGCCGCGGAGUGAAUCGCAAUCAUCAAGAGCUACCAAUCAAUCCGCGACACCUUCGACGCGAGCCAACAGGCGGUUGUCCGGAGCCAGUUUCUUGGCCUCGUGGCGGAACGGUGGCUCUUCGAGUGUGCCGCAAUUGCGAGGUAGGGGUAUGCCAUCUUCCGGUCAGUCUGGGACAAACGGGGGCAUGGAGCUGCUCCCGGUGAGCGAGCCAAACAGUCGUCGCAAUUCUGUGUCUAGUUCGAACUCACAAGAGACCACGCCACAAAGGUCGUCAACUCCGACACCGCGAGCUCUGUCGCGCCUCAGCUUCCUUUCAUCGAAGAUGCAAUUGCGGAACGGGGAGAUACAGAAGCCUGGAAAAGGGGAUUUGAUUCGUGCAUAUACCCUUCAACACGCAGAGAGCGGGCUUGGGAAUGAUUACCUGAAGCGGAAGAACGUGAUAAGGGUGCGGUUGGAGGGGGAACAGUUCCUCUUGCAGGCAUCAGACGUAUCUUCUGUCGUGGAGUGGAUAGAAGUGAGUUCUAUGCUACGAGGAGGCGGUUCGAUGAUUGACCGUGCACGCAGGGUUUCCAUGCGGGUACGAACAUCGCACUCGACCUCGACCAUCGUGUCAUGCCCAAAGGGCCAAUGUUCCCGAGGCGUCGACGGAGAAGGAAUCGACGACCACAAGAUGGGAACAAUGAUGAUGCAGGAGCAUCAUCCUCUGCAGUGGUGAUAUAACUUUGAAUGUUCGCGCGUUACUUGUGUAUGUACUUUGGAUUGUAUCUGCUUUCUAGCACCUUCGCUGUGUGGUGCUAUGACGCUCGUUGGACGAGUUGUAUUGGUACCCUUGUCAUCGCAAUCAAUCCCAUAGUUCUAGACAACAAGAGUCAUAUUGUCUUCUUUUCCUUGUUUUUUUUUUUUCAGGAGAGGAAGAGAUAGAGAGAAAGUUCUCACGGGUUGUUUCCGUUUUGAGCCGAGUUCGGUUU